AUGGCAAGAUCCUAUUCAAAUUUACGCAGACGUGGUUCAUCCUCCUUCUUCAACACCCUCCCCCCUCCUCAACCAGAUAUUUUUUACAUUGGGGUAGAUGUCGGCACAGGAUCGGCCCGUGCCUGUCUAAUCGACACCAAUGGGAUCAUAUUAGGACUUGCAGAAAGACCAAUCACUCGUCAUGAAUUAAAACCAAAUCAUAUCACUCAAAAUUCGACAGAAAUCUGGAAUGCUAUUUGUUUUUGUGUUAAAUCAUGCCUUAGAGAUAGUGGAGUUGACCCGGGGGAAGUGUUUGGGAUUGGGUUUGAUGCUACUUGUUCCUUAGUUGCCAUUUCUGAAUCAAAAGAUGAACCGGUGUCAGUGGGGCCUGAUUUUAAUGAUGAUCAUGAGAAUAUUAUCUUAUGGAUGGAUCAUCGUGCACAAGAAGAAACUGAUGCUAUUAAUUCUACUGGGGAUGUAUGUUUGAAAUAUGUGGGUGGACAAAUGUCAAUUGAAAUGGAAUUGCCAAAGAUGAAAUGGUUGAAACAUCAUAAACCCGGUGGAAUUAAAGAUGUGAAGUUUUAUGAUUUACCUGAUUAUUUGGUACAUAAAGCCACUGGAACUGAAACUAGAAGUUAUUGUUCAGUUGUUUGUAAACAAGGGUUUGUUCCUUUAGGUGUUGAGAAUUCAACUACUGGAUGGUCAAAAGAUUUCUUAGUAUCGGUGGAUAUGGAAGAAUUAAUUGAAGAUGAUUUUAGAAGAUUAGGUGGGAUUCCAAACAAGAAUGGGAAAUAUUUAAGUGCAGGUGAUAUUGUUGGAAAAUUAACCAAUCAGGCUGCUGAACAAUUAGGAUUAACUACUGAAUGUAUUGUUGCUUCCCCCGUUAUCGAUGCAUAUGCUGGUUGGAUCGGUACUGUUGCAGCCAAGGCCGAAAUCCCCGCAUUACAAGAAACCCAUAUUGAAGGAUCAAUUUUAACUUCUUGUGGAAGAUUGGCAGCCGUGGCAGGGACAUCUACUUGUCAUAUUGCCAUGACUAAAGAUCCAUGUUUUGUGCAAGGUGUUUGGGGUCCAUACAAGGAUGUUAUGGCCGAGGGGUAUUGGUUAGCAGAGGGUGGACAAUCAUGUACUGGUCAAUUAUUAGCUCAUGUCUUAGCUAUUCAUCCUGCUUCUCAAGAAUUAUCCCGUGUUGCUGAAGCUUCUAAUUUAUCUAAAUUCGAUUAUCUUAAUCUUACUUUAGAAAACAUGGUUGUUGACAAUCAUGAACGUUCAGUUGUAUCACUUGCAAAACACAUGUUUUUCUAUGGAGAUUUCCAUGGAAAUCGUUCCCCAAUCGCUGAUCCAAGAAUGAAAGCUAGUAUAAUUGGUCAAUCUAUGGAUAAUUCAAUUAAUGACCUAGCUAUUCAAUAUUUCGCCGCUUGUGAAUUCAUUGCUCAACAAACUAGACAAAUUGUAGAAGAAAUGGAAAAAUCAGGUCAUAAUAUUACAUGUAUCUAUAUGAGUGGAGGACAAUGUCGUAAUGGAUUAUUAAUGAGAUUGCUAGCUGAUUGUACCGGAUUACCAAUUGUUAUCCCUAGAUAUAUCGAUGCUGCUGUUGUAUUUGGUUCGGCUUUGUUGGGGGCUGUAGCUGCUGAAGAAUCUGUGCAGGAUUACAUUUCUCAUAGAGGGAAAUCAAAACGUGAAUCCAAUUUAGCACUUGAUUUAUUGAAUAAACAUGAUAGUGGUCGUGAAAAUGAACCGCUUCAUUCUCCAUAUACUCAACCUUCAGCUACUUCAACUACAAAUUUGGCAACAUUAGGAUAUAGUGCACACUUACCUCAUUCUCAAACAUCACUUCCAACAUUACUUCAAGGUGAACCUACUGAUUAUUUCUCUCAAUCUCCAUUACGAAAAGUCAUUUCUAAGAAUGAUGCUGCGGAAGAUUCUGAAGACGAUGAUCAGACAUUAUCAUUUGGAUCCAAACAGAAUGUUCAACAGGAUAUUUCUCAACAAUUUAAGAAAUUGAAUAUUAAACCAUUAACUGAAUUGAACAAGAAGAAACUUGGUCAACCAAUCAGUAAUCCAGGAGAUGUAUUAUGGAAGAUUAUGGAAAGAAUGACUGGACCAGGGAAGGUUAUUUUUCCUAAUAAUGAUAAUGACCCUGAUAGAAAGUUAUUGACGACUAAAUAUAAGAUCUUUUUGGAACAAUGUUAUCAACAACAGAAGUAUAGACAAUGGGUUGAUGAAAUUGAAGAAGAAAAUAUGCAAGUCAAAGCUGAAGCAUAA